AUGGGCGCGUCACAGUCUGUGCCGCGCGCUGCAACGCCCGAGGAGCGCGCGGAUCAGCUCUUGGCUUCUAGGUUUUAUAACAACCAAUAUACUGUGGCAUCGCUGCUUAUGCAUCAGCAGCAGCAUACGGCGGCGCCCAGCCGUCCUGCUCAGUGUCCCAUUGCGCACGGCGAAAGCGCUCCGAGAGAUAGCGACGUUCUAAAUCCGCUCAACUACAUGCCCGAUAUUUCUCAGAAAAGUGCGCCGGGCCAGAAGGUGCAGCUCUCGCAGGAGCGAGUUGUUUCCUCGAUCGCACGCGCGCCCUUGUCCGCCUCCCCCGGCAGCUCGCCCUACGAUGCGCCGCUUCAGACGGCAACCUGCCCUGUGUCGCACAACGGUGCGAGUGGGGAAGAGCCCACGCACUGGGAGUACCCUUCGCCGCAGCAGUUUUACAAUGCAUUGUUGCGCAAAGGAAUGGAGACGGAGGAGGAGGCCAUCGAAACGAUGGUAUUUAUUCACAACUUUUUGAACGAGCGUGCGUGGAAGGAAGUCGUCGACUGGGAGCGGCGUGCAGGAAGCGAUAUUUCUCAGCUGCAGCUCGCCCGAUUCCAAGGAAGGCCUGGAAACUUGAGCCCGCGCGCGCGCCUGUUUGGCUGGCUCGGCUGGAUCAUGCCCGACAAGUUCAACACUGAGCCGCCGUUUGAUAGGCACGACUGGAUUGUGCGCCGCGGUCCAAAAGACAUUGACAGUGCCGGAGAAGAGGUACGCUACAUUAUCGACUACUACUCGGGCCCCGAGCACGAGGAUAGCGAGGAAGAGGCGAGCUUUAAUUUGGACGUGCGCCCCGCGCUGGACAGCUUCGGCGCUGCGCGUCAGCGCUGGGAGAAAUUAUUGGAAGAGUACCGUACGGGUGAGCUGUUUGCCCCCUUCAAGGCGCAGAACGAGCCGCCAAAUAGCGACAUACCCGCCUCCGCAUAG